AUGGUGGCGAAGCAGCGGAUCCGGAUGGCCAACGAGAAGCACAGCAAGAACAUCACGCAGCGCGGGAACGUGGCCAAGACCUCGGUAGGGGCUCCUUCGCGGAGGAGGCCUCGGAAACCUCUUCUCCCCUUUCCCCUCAGCGCCCUCCUGCGACCGGGGAGGGCGGGGCUCCGUCUCCCCCUGCCGCUUUGCCCCUCGCGCGGGAAGCAGCCUCUGAAGGGGGAAACGCGCGAGGAAGAUGGGAGGCUGUGCGGGAGGGGGGGCUUGGCCUUUAACCGGUUCCUGAGGGGCUGAGGAGGAAGAGGAGGAGGGGGGGACUGCGGGGAUCGUGGCCUCCCCCCCCCGGCCGCUGAGGGGCGGCUACCCCCGAAAGAAACCCCGCUCCUCCUCCUCUUCCUUUUCUUCUUCCUCCUCUUCUUCUUCCUCACCCGAGCCGUCCUGACACGCUGGCUCUUCCCACAGAGAAACGCCCCCGAGGAGAAGGCGUCGGUGGGGCCCUGGCUGCUGGCCUUGUUCAUCUUCGUGGUGUGCGGAUCGGGUAAGCGCUGGCAGCUGGGCGGGAUUGGGUCCCUUGUCCAACAUCUCCAUCAAGGGAAUUUGAUUUUUUGGGUGGGGGGUGGUGGUUUUCAGGUGGGGAACCCCUUCCAGCCCGAAAGGUCUUGGGUUAGCAAAGGUAAACAAGCUGCGGCGACACUUGUUUGCUUCCCACAGAUGUUCCCCUGUGCUUCUCUGGUGUCCCGUAGUUUGUGGUCCUUAAAUUGUUGGUUAGAUUUGCCAAGACGUGAUCAGGGAGAAGGAGGCGGUUCUCCUCUUAGAAGAGGCAUUUUCUUUUUCUUUUUGAGUGGUGGAAGGUGUUUUCGCCUAAAAGGGGGGCAGCGCUGCUUCUCGCAAGUGGUGGGAUGGGGAGCAGGUGUUCAGAAACAUCUGGAGAGGUGUAGUGGAUUUGCUGGGCAAGGUGGACCCCUAGGGCUGCUGCUGGCGUUGAGUGCCAUAUGGGCAACUCUGCCAUAUGGGCAACUCUACCAUUGGACCUUAUUCAGCUACCAGUUUAGCCCUUAGGUUCUCACAUUGGUACUUUUUCAUCAUAGCUAUGCUGGUUUCUUAAAAAAAACACAACCCUGCUUAAAAUUACUAGACAUUAUAUUGGAAUCACUCUACACGCACACACACAUUGCCUGACUUGAUUGGACUAGUGAUAUUUGCCCACUUUUUAUGAAUACCCCCCCACACUGAUCUUUAUGUACAUCUGUAGCAAUGAGGACUUGCAAAAGAUAAAGGCAUCCUUAGAAUUUUAGUUUCUCAAUGCUGUCUUAAGCUUGUUUUCCCAGAAGUGACCCACAAAUCCCAGUGGUAUUGUCUGUCUAAUAUACCUGUGUUCAGGUUUGCACAGCAGACUAAUAUAGCUGGCCUUUUGGAAGUUGCUAUUUGAGACUUACCUGUUUAAAUAGCCAAAUUGCAAGUAAGGUAAUUUUUCCGGUACACCAGGUCGCUCAGGACAGAGCUUCACAAAAAGAAAGAAAGGGUAUGCAAAACAGAUUUCCUGAACGCUGUCAGGGAACACUGUUAAUAAUAUGUGAUGGUUCACCUAGUUCUAUAAGCUUACUGGCUCCAAUUUUUAUAUCCUUAGGAGUUGUGUUGAUGGUUACAAAUAAGAUAAGGAGAGUAAUAGUUGUUAUUACUUAAAUGAGGGGCUUUAUUCACAUGAAGUUUGCCUACUUCACAAAUGAGGGAGACUGGUAUCUUAUUGUGGGUUCAUAGCUGUUUUUAAAUGUCACGCUUAUACCCCUUAUUGUGGCUACUUAGUUGUUGACAUAGCAAGCAGUGAUCUAAACUAAUAAGUUACAAGUGUGCUGUCAAUAGCAAUUUUAUACACUAUGCUGAAAACAGGAAGAUUUACAUUGGCAACCAUUGCUUUCUUUUAAAACAGCCUUCCUAUCCACACUUACCUGAGAGUAUGUUCUACUGUACAUGGAUCAGUUCACUUCUGAGUUAUUAUGUGUAGGACUGAGUGGGAAGUCAUAUUGCUGAAAUCAAAACUGCUAAUUAAAAUAGGUUGAUUUCAGCUGAGAAAACAGGAAAAAAAUUGUGCCAUAUGGUAUAGUUUCACACUUCACUUGGUCUUUCUAGUGUGGCUUUCUUGGAAGAUAUUUAUAUAAAAUUGGGAGUAGUAAAAUGUUCUGUCUUACACAGCUUAGUAAAAUCAAGUGGAACUUGUUCAAAGGUUUUCUGAAAUCUGGUUUACUCUGUGUAUAUAGCAAUGCCAAUGUACAUAACUCUUUAAAAUGGUGCAUCAUUUGAUAUAUUCUAACAUAGCAACAUCUAAACCUGUUUCCUUUUGCAGCUAUCUUCCAGAUUAUUCAGAGUAUCAGAAUGGGCAUGUGA